AUGAUGAAGUAUGAGUACAUUGCAGGACCUGGUGUCAUUGCGAAUGUCGCCUACAACCUUGAAAUGAACACUGAAGACUUCCAAACCAAUACAGGAGUGCAGUACUUCAUUAGAGUGUGGAUCAAUGCAUUAGGUGGUAACAUACCUUAUGGUGACACAGUCCCGGGCAAGGGACUGAUCGUUUCCAAUGUUGCUUAUGAUCUGUACAUCGGAAAUCAUAACGGUAUCAGGUACAUCACAUACGUGGCAACUCAACCGGUUACCCACUUCGAUGAUGACCUAAUGGUGUUCAUCAAUGAGCUCAAGAACAACAAAAUAAUUAGUGAUAAUGACUACUUGGUAAAGUUGGACGCGGGCACACGCAUCAUAAAAGGGUCAUCUGCCACUUUCAAAGUGAAAAAAUUCCAGGCUGCUAUCAAGAUUGAAUCACCAGCUGAAUAA